AUGAAGACUGAGCUGGACCUACGGGCCUCUGGCGCUGACAAGGACGCGUGGAUGGCCGAGUUCAAGGAUAUGCUGUCACGACACGUGCAGGAAGCAGCAAAGGACCUUAAGAAGGAAGGAGAAGCCAGCAAGGGCUCCUUGCUGCGUCGCCCGUCUACUCGAUCCUUGGAAGGUCGAAAGCCGCAAGAGGACUCAGGCAACAGUGAGGACGACGCCAGUGCUUCCCCUGCGAGGAAGUUGCAAAGGGGUUGCUCGCGGAUGCUAGGAGAGGAAGACUCUGACAACGACCCAGCUACCGCUUCUACCAAGCGUUCCUCUCGCAAGCGUAGCACGUGGAAGCAGGAAGCUCGCGCCAGUGGAAACUGGAAGCUUACCAAUGACGACGACCUUUUCAAGGAUGGCUUCAGCAAUUCCGUGAAAGGGGCCUCUGGCAGGGGUGCUUCCUCUGUGGACACAGACAUCAGCAAGGCCGCAGAAGCCACUGAUGACCUUCCGGGACUGAAGUCCUUUCUCGCCGAGGACAUUAAGAUGUUCUUGUCCGUUGAGACAGAUGCAGAGUUUUUCUUCCAAGCCAUGCGGGAGGACAGCAUCCAGAAGCUCAUCCAGGCUGUAAAGGACGGCUGGGUGCCAGCCCCAAACACUGCUGGUCAGGCUGCUGCGGCCAUGCUCAACAACAUGUCCUGGAUGGGUCGCAACGCGGUCAAGCGACUCAUUAAACAGAUCUCCACAAACAUGGACGCUUAUGUGGACAAGGCCGCAAAGCACGUCUUUCGCAAGCUCAUUCCAGAUGACCUGACGCUUGAAAGUAAAGGGAACACUUCUGAGGGCGAACCAGAGGUCCCUGCCAAGAACAGCAAGAGCUCUGCAAGGCAGGGCAAGAUUCGUAACAAGGGCGAUCUUGGGGAUCUCGCAUCCUCAGGCAUGGAUGCUAGCGACCUUGCUCGCAUGGACUCCAGCGCAAUCUUGGACCUGGUCUUGCAGCUAACACAGGAACUCCGCUGUGGCCUUGUGUGCUUCUUCUGCGAGUCUCCGUGCACACGACAGGCAAGCAUGUUUUUCAGCACCCAGCACUAUGUUUUCUCUCAACGUCUGUUCGAAGCUGCGGUUUGCAUUUGUCUGUCUCUUUGCCAGACCUGCGAGGACUGGGAGAAGGAACUCACAAGCUUGGUGAUUCAGGUCCCUACGGAUGCUGAUGACAGGGGCUAUACGGAGGCUAUUGACCGCGUGCGGGACCUUGUGGCGAGGCGUUGGGUCGACAUACGGGCCUCCAGCCAAGAUGUGGCGUUGGUUGCCCAGCGCAUGUCCGAUUUUAGGGCUGCACUUGCUCCUCUGCUUGAGGUCCAUGGCCCUGAGAUACCGUUCGCUCCAUUCCCACACGUGCCCUCCGCAAGUCCGACUGCAAGUCCUGAGAAGCUACAGGAGCAGGAGCCCAGCAGCCCGGACUCACCUGGCUCUUCAAAGCCGGGAUGCUUGCCGCAUGACUUCACAUUCUUGCAGACAGAUCUUGGUGUCCAGACUGUACUGCUGGUCCCUGAAGAGAAUUCAUGUGAAGGCUACCGGCACUACCUCUCCGUAACAGAAUGGUGGCAGAGCAAGACUCCUUUCACGCAGUGGUACACGAAGAACUACACCAGUGUCUUUCUACCGCUGUGCCAGCAGUUUGAGGUGCUUCGACGGCCUACAUACAAGGGAGCUGUGCAAACGGGAAGCUCGCUCCCGGUGGAUGCCACCACCGUCCUCGGAACCUUUCUCAUCAUAGGCAGCAUUCUGCCAACAGCAACGCUGACUGCAGAUGCUGUGGCGUCAUGUGCCCGCAUUAUGGAAAGCCUGCUGAAACUCAUGAACCUGAACAUUGCCCUGCAACUGCUCCCGCACGAGCCCAUCUUCAGCUUGAUGCUAGAGGCUGGCCAAGCCAGCACCACUGACAUAAAGAGCAUGCUGAAGGAGAUGGACCUUUCUUGGUUCGCCAGGAAACUCCCGGCGAAAGUGGAACGACGCAUGCCGUUUACGUCUUUUCUGGUCGCUAUGCUGCGACUUCGUAAUGACUCGCACUUCUGGCAGAACCUCUACUUCCGCCGAAUGUUGAAGAGGUCACUUCACUUGUUUGCCCAGCAAGCAGAGGUGUGCUUGGCCACAAAGGUUACUAAAGAGUGCCCUGCUCCCGACGUACUGGCCAAGUACCACCCCUACAUGAAAUCCGCUCGCAUGCGCGGCAACCGCUCCUUGGAAGUCUCCCUUGUCAACAAAUUCAUGGUGCGAGGCGGUGGCUUUGUCAGCGCAAAGCAGGAAACGCAGCUUUCAGAGCUAGGACUGGUCAAGCAGAGGACAGCGUUUGCCAGUAGAACAUCGACAGAGUUUGUGGCACGUUCACUACAAAAGACAUCGACUUUUAUGCAGACUGUCAUUGACAGACAGAGCAUGAAGACUGUCAACGCUUGCUUUGACACCGCCCGCAUCUGUCACGAAGAUGUGCUUUCCCUUGUGUUUCGCAUGGAUGGCCACCACUUCGCUGGUACAACGCAGCUGAUUUCAUCCACCAGCUGCAGCAGCGCAGAGGCUGCUGAAGCAGCAGCUUCGAUGGCCGUGGCCGUUGCAGACGAACUACCUCAAAGAGGUUCCGCGCAGCUUUACCUGCGAAAGGAUGCCUUCAAGUUCAAAGAGUUCCGCACUGCUACCAAGCAGCUACUGUCUGCAGUCGCGAACUCUGUGCAGACAGCUCUCCCAGAGGGCUUCACUUUGCAGAGCGCCUGCCCCCCAAACCUUCUGAAGCCGGCGGGGCCGCAGUGCCAAAGGUACAGCUUCCGAGCAACAGAAGUCGAGGCACUGGGUCAAGAGGAUGAUGGCCUGGAGCAUUACUUUCUUUACGAUUUCGAGUCGCGCUCUGCGCAGCCUGACUACUACAAGAACGACGACUUCUACCACUUGUGCUUCGCGGCGGAUGAGGGCACGGAGGGAUGGUUGGGCUACCUGCACCUCGCUGCCCAGGGCUGUUGGGUCGCUUGGUGGAGUGAUCCUUUUCACAAGGCUGCUAGGAAGACGUCCCUGGCUCUGAAGAAUGUGCCUGGCGGGCAGUCUUUCCUGAAGGAUCUCAUGAAGCUAUACCGGUUCACCCGCGGGCCUUUCAAGUCGUCCAAGUUCGGAAAGCUGAUUUCCGAGGCUCGGGAUCACCUCCUGGCCAUACUUCAGAAGGACAGGACCCAUGAGGUUCUGACUCCGUGGCUGGCCGGCAUGGCCAGAGACUGCUCGAGUCCGCUGCGAGCUGCAAGUUUCGACCCAGACAACUUCGACCACAACACCGCGUACGAGUUUCUCAAGAAUGAGAAAGGUGGGGAAGGGUGCUGGGGAAGGAGGUUUUUCUGCUUUUGCUUGACACUGUCUUACGUGGAAGGUGGGGCCGGGGUAGUACACGUGCACUUGUCUAUCAUAGUCUCUUUCAUGCUUCGCGACAGUUUGUACAGCGGAUUGAAUUCUGCUGCCUGGGCAGGCCGCAUCCACGUGACAGGGAGUGCUGUGAAAGACAGUCGCUGGUUCUCCUUCUGGGACAAUGGAAUGGCGUGGGAUCGGCAGUGGCACUCGCUGGCCAUGUCCCACGCCUUUUCUUUUUGGCUGGAGGGCCGGAAUCCGUGGGCGUUGCAAACUUGUGAUGACGGCUCUGAGGACUCCCACAGCAUGCGUGCUUUCUGCUGGCACGCAGCUGGGAUGUAA